CAUUUUCUUAAACCUUAACAUUAUUUUUAGCUGAAUCAUCAAAAGGAGAUAUUGAAAAAAAAUUUCGCCACAAAUAUACUGCCGUAACUGUACGAACAAACUCCAUUCUGAAAUAAACAACUAAAUGAAAUGAAAAAAUACCGUCAUUUGGGGUGACUUUGCCUUACGCGGUGACAUUGCCCAUUUAUGCCUGAAAAGUUGCGGCAGAUAACCUCGAGCACUCUUGAAGCGAAGUGCGCUGUCUGUUGCGUCGAAAUUAUUGGUGGGAGUAUACUGCGCUCGAAACGAUUGUUUUCACCUCGCACGUGUUCGUCGUAGUGCUGUGAGAUUGAACAAGUCAUUUCCAAGAAAUUUAUUUAUUUCAAACUUUCGCCUGUCUACCAUUGUAAACUACGAUAUAUUGAGAAACAUGCCUAGGACUUACCGAAGGAAAUUAGGGGCCCGCCAGUACAGGAAUUAUUCCGAAGAAGUUCUGUCUCAGGCAAUUGUAGACGUUCAGAAUGGUAAAUUAUCAGUGAGACAGGCCGCAAUUCAAUACAAAAUACCCAGAAAAACUCUAGGAAACAAGAUUGCACAGAAACAUAAUAAAAAACCCGGUGGACAAACGGUAUUUUCUGUACCCGAAGAAAAAGUAAUUUUACAACAUAUAUUAACAUGUGCCGAUUGGGGUAUGCCACUAGAUUCCCUUGAUAUAAGGCUUAUUGUAAAGGACUACCUUUCGACCCUUGGGUGGACUGUAGAACAAUUUAACGAUAACCUCCCUGGAGAUAUGUGGUACAAGAAUUUCCUAAAAAGAAAUCGGGACGAACUCUCUGUGAGAAAAUGCCAGAAUGUAAAGAGAGCUCGAGCAGCAGUUGGAACUGAGCAAAUAAUAUCAUACUUUGACCAUCUAGAGAGGUCUUUAGAAAAUGUUCCAGCUCAGAAUAUAAUUAAUUUUGAUGAAACUAACUUCUUAGAUGAUCCGGGGUUAAAAAAAAUGGUUUUCAGAAGAGGGGUGAAAUAUCCCGAACGCAAUAUCAACUCUACUAAAGGCUGCAUAUGUGUAAUGUUUACAGUUACUGCUGUUGGAGAAGUUUCACCUUGUUAUGUCGUAUACAAGGCGGAACAUUUGUGAAUAACGUGGGUUGAAGGAGGACCAAGUCACACAAGGUACGGAAGAACAACCUCCGGAUGGUUUGAUGGACCAAAUUUUGAGGAAUGGCUCCUACAAAUAAUUGUUCCAUGGGCAAAAAAACAGGAAGGUCCGAAAUGUAUUAUUGGGGAUAACCUAUCCUCACAUCUAAGCAUGAACGUCAUACAGCGGUGUGAAGAAUUGGAUAUCAAAUUCGUAUUUCUACCUGCAAAUGCAACGCAUCUUUGCCAGCCCUUAGAUGUAGCUUGUUUCGCUCCUAUCAAAAAAGUUUGGAGAAACAUUUUGACAGAUUAUAAAAUGAAACAUCCUAACAGUGUGAGCUUGGACAAGUCAGUUUUUCCAAGACUAUUAAAAAGACUACUUGACGAGAUUAACCCAAGAAUUACAGAGAGUAUCAAAUCUGGUUUCAAGACGUGUGGUAUUGUUCCAGUGAACCGAAAUGAGGUGCUGAAAAAGAUACCGAAUUUGCCCCUUCCUUCUCACGAUGAUGCUCCAGCAAUUGUGAGUGACACGCUUCUCAGUUAUCUGAAAGCCUACAGAAAAGGGGACAAUGAAACACCUAUCAAAGGUCGCAAAAAAAAAUUCCAUUCCUGCAGGAAAAUCUGUGUCCCUUAUUGAUUUGCAGCAUUCUGGCAGCAACCAAGGCAACGUACAUGACAAUACAGAAAAUUCUGAUCCUACAGUUGGUUGCAGUAAAGAUGAACCUAAUUCUGCGUCUAAAAGUGGCAAAAGAUGUAGAAGAAAAUUGCAAAACCACUCUGACGACAGCAGCGACUCGGACGAUGAAGCCAUGUCCUUACACAACAGUUCAGAUGGUGCAGAAAGUUUAUCUGGUUUCGAAAUAAAUUUGCAGGUGGAUGCGGAACAACUCAAAAAAGACGACUUCAUCAUUGUAAAAUUUCCAACGGACAAGAAAACAUUUUACAGGCACUAUGUCGCCAAAAUUUUAGACACUUAUGAAAGUAACCAGGAAUUUUCAGUUAGUUGCCUUCGAACAAAUGACAAACAAGUUUUCGUCUUUCCUAACGAACCUGACAUCUCUGAUGUCAUUUUGGAACAGAUUGUUGGUGUUCUUCCUGCACUUAUAAGUUGUCGCCGUGGAAGAAUUGUCUUUGGAAUUGACUUCCACAAUUAUCAAAUGUGAAUUAAACGAGAAAUUACUGUUCAUUGUGUUUUCUUUUUUUAUAAUCAGAAUGUUGUUCCCAUUUAGUUACGAGAAAGUAAUUUUCAUUAUGUUUUCUUUUUAUACUCAGAAUGUAGUUCCCAUUUAGUUGAGAAAAAUAAAGUUACUUAUUUGCCUAUGUCUAUUUUCGAAAAUUCCUAUCAAAAAAUGUUGCAUUUUUGUCCAACUUAACUAAAAUUAUUUAAAAAAACUUAAACAUGCUUUUAAAUGGGGUGACUUUUCUAUUUCAAUGAAAAUAAAUUAGGUGGGCA